CAUGAGACGAGUAUUCGGAUUUCGGAUCAACGAGUACGCUUACCAUAGGAUCCGAUCAACAGUUAUGGUCACGAAAAACAGUGCGCUUUAUUUCGAGUACGAGUUCGAGUAUGAAGCUGCAACUCGAGUAUCUUUCACUAUUAUUACUGCCAGUAUUCUCCAUCGCACCCAUAUCCGCGCAAUUAAUUAUAUCAAGUAAUGAACUCCCAACGUCAGUUAAAAUUCCUCAAAAAAUCCCCAUGGAAGAGUGCACGAAAAAGCGCAACGUGAUCGUUUACGGUAUUCCGGCCGAGAGCCAGCAAACGCACGAAAACUUGACUUACGCCGUAUUAAAAGUUUUGCAAUUAGCCAAAGUCACGUUAGACGUGAACGACAUACGAUUAAUUCGACGUCUCGGAUCGACGGUAUCGCGUAGCACCGCCGUCCUGGUCACCUUUUCCAGCGAAGAAGUCAAAAGAUACGUAUUCUCGCACAAAGCCUACCUAUACGGUACCGGCUACAAGCUGGAAUUAGACGUGCCCAAAAUCAUCUCGUACAGAUACAGGGUACUUAAGCCUCUGUACGAUAAACUUAUCCAGAAAGGAGCCGACGCCACCUUAAUUUACGGUAAAUUAUUCAUCAACGGAGUCGAAUUACCAGACUGCGUAGCCGAAAAGUAUUUAUUUUCUAGCACCACCAAAUCGAGGACGUUGCCGCAUUUCCAAGGCUGACAACUCCGACGUUGCUGAAUAAGUAUAGCGUACUCGUAUACGUAUAUAUGCUGGCUGUGAAUCCGUUUCAAGUACCUACGUACCUCUACCAUAUAGAGCCCACUACAAUUUCUGUCUUCGGCAAUUUCCAGAAACGAAUUGCUUUUUUAUUGACAAGUUCUACAGUCUACACCUACCUACGGUUUAUCGAUUCGAAGCGACUGUUUACUCAAUGCCUCACUCGACGACUACAUUGCAAGCAACCAUUCGUGAUUCGUUAUGGUACCUUUGAACAUUUUUUCCUUCAGUUUUUCUAAAAUUUAUUUAUACCAUGUUAUGUAAAAUAAAUCGAAAUUUUGUAUUA